AGGGCCUUUAAAGGCUCCCCAGCUCCAAGCUCACCACCUGCUGGCCCCUGGACACCUCUGUCACCAUGAGGCUCCUGGCUCUGUGCCUUGCCCUGUCCCUGGCAGGGACUGAUGCUGUGCCCCCCAUCCAGUCCCGGGUCGUAGGGGGCUGGGAGUGUGAACAGCAUUCCCAGCCCUGGCAAGUGGCUGUUUACCAUUACAGCAACUUCCAGUGUGGGGGAGUCCUGGUGCACCCCCAGUGGGUGCUCACGGCUGCCCACUGCAUAAAUGACAAUUAUCAGCUGUGGCUGGGGCGCCACAACCUGUUUGAGCACGAAAACACUGCCCAGUUUGUCCACGUCAGUAGCAGCUUCCCACAUCCUCAAUUCAACCUGAGCCUCCUGAAGAACCACACCCCCCUCCCGGGGGAGGACUUCAGCCACGACCUUAUGCUGCUGCGCCUGGCGGAGCCCGCCCAGAUGACCGACGCCGUGAGGGCCGCGGACCUGCCCGCCCAGGAGCCCCCGCUGGGGAGCACCUGCUACGCCUCCGGCUGGGGCAGCACCGUGCCGGAUGCGUACGUGUACCCAGACGAUCUCCAGUGCGUGGACCUCAAACUGCUGUCCAAUGACGUGUGCGCCAAGGCCCACGCCCAGAAGGUGACAGAGUUCAUGCUGUGUGCUGGCCACCUGGAGGGCGGCAAGGACACCUGCGUGGGCGACUCGGGGGGCCCUCUGGUCUGCGAUGGCAUGCUUCAAGGAAUCACAUCCUGGGGCCACAUCCCAUGUGGCACCCCCAACAUGCCUGCCGUCUACACUAAGGUGAUUGCACACUUGGAGUGGAUCAAGGAGACCAUAGAGGCCAACCCCUGAGUGCCCCACCAUGUCCCUGACCCCCAGUAAAAUUGAAUACGCAUCAAAUUCGCAUUAA